AUGGCUUUCAUCCCGAACACCAAAUUUGCUUUCGCAGUCGUGGUAUGGCUAGCAGUCGGGAUCAGGCUCUACCAGAAAUUGUACACAGGAUCAAAACUACCGUUGCCACCGGGACCACCAAGGGAACCUGUUCUCGGACAUUUACGCAUCAUUCCGCAAUCUCAUCCGGAGUAUCAGUAUACAGAAUGGGGAAAGGAGUACAAAUCCGAUGUGCUUUAUUUCGACAUUCUGGGCCGGCCGAUCGUUGUCCUCAACAGUGUCGAGGCAUGUCAUGACUUACUGGACAAAAGAGGGUCGAAUUAUAAUGAUCGACCUAGAUUUGUGCUUUUUGAAGUCAUGGGUUGGGGCAUUACCCUGACGUUCCUUCGAUGGGGAAAGACAUUCAAAUUGCAUCGGAAGCUGAUGCAAGCCUCUUUCACCCAGUCUGCAUGUAAAGCAUACCGACCGAUCCAAGAGCAAGAAGCACGUCAAGCAGCUAAACACAUUUUGGCCAGUCCCGAGGAUUGGGACUCACUCCUUCGCAAAUUUUCGACAGCUGUCGUCUUGCGCAUAGGCUUUGGUCUCGGCAUCACGCAGAGGCACGACCCUUACAUUCAAAUGGCCAUUGAUGCGGAAGAGGCGACCGGCAAGGGUGGUGUGCCAGGCGCUUCUGUGGUCGACUUCUUUCCUAUGCUGAGAUACCUCCCUGGCUGGCUCUUCAGGCUAGGCGCGCUGGAACAUGCCAGAAGCUCGAAAGUCUAUAUUCAGAAAUUACACGAUGCGCCAUGGAAUGCGACGGAGCCGGCAAUUCGAAGUGGCCACGCAACUCUUCCUUCCUUUAUGCGGACACAUCUGGAGCGCUACGUCAACAACGAGAAGCAUCAGAAGGUCAAUGAAGCCACCAUCGCCGACAUUAAAGGUGCAGCCGGGGCAAUUUCUAUCGCUGGUGGGAAUACCACGUGGUCGACAUUAAUGGUGUGCAUUCUCAAUUUAGUACUACAUCCGGCCAUCCAGAAGAAAGCCCAGGAACAAAUCGACUCGGUUGUGGGUACGGAUCGCCUCCCCUCGUUUGAAGACCGAGAAAAGAUGCCGUACAUCGAGUACAUCAUUCAGGAGACCACCAGGUGGUAUCCUUUAUCACCACUCGGCGUGCCUCACGCUACCCUCGAAGAUGACAUGUACAAAGGCAUGUUCAUCCCCAAAGGUAGUGUGGUCUUCGCCAACGCCUAUGCCAUGACACACGAUGAGCGAGUAUACCGCCAUCCGGAUGUCUUUGACCCUGAUCGCUACGUACCUGAAGACCAGGGAGGAAGGGGAGAGCCUUUCCCGGAAGGCCCGUUUGGGUUUGGGCGCAGGGUUUGUCCUGGUCAAUGGCUGGCAACUGCAGGAGUAUACAUCAUGCUUACGACAUUGCUGGCUACAACGGACAUUUGUUGUCCAAAAGAUGACCAGGGUAAGGAGCUGCCGCCCAAGGUGAUGUUUACAAACGGGCUAUCCAAGUGA